CACACACACACACACACUUCGCAUCACUUAUUUACGCAGCCAGCCCGUUAGAGGAAGUCGCCACCUCUUUUGCAGCCGACAUUUCCAACGUUACACCGAUGAUCUAAAGAAAAGCAAGAAGGCUGAAUCCCCCUCUUCUCGCCCCUCUUCGCCCCCCUCUGUGACCGCGGAGGGGUUCCCAUCCCACCCAGGUCAUCAUCAUCCGCUGCUGGUCUUUUAUUUUUGCAGCGAAACGUUAGCAGCUAACCGGCUAAUGCUAUCAGGAGGUUUGUCUUCUUUUGAACCGUCACGAUGAUAUUCAAGGAGCUGCGUUUUAACUGUACACCUGAACUCUCCCAGCUGUGAUGGAAAAGCACCAGUGACUCGAGAGGAAAACAUAAAUCUUGGAUGCCGUGACGUACGGGACGUGGUCAGUCCAAGAUGGAGAAAAAGAAAAUGUGCCCUCGCCUUCUGGACUACUUGGUGGUGGUCGGAGCGAGGCAACCAAGCAGUGACAGUGUGGCUCAGACUCCUCAGCUCCUCCGCCGCUACCCGCUGGAGGACCACCACGACUUCCCGCUCCCACCCGACGUGGUGUUUUUCUGCCAACCAGAAGGCUGCCUGAGCAUCCGCCAGCGACGGGUCAGCCUCCGCGACGACUCCUCGUUUGUUUUCACGCUGACGGACAAGGACUCGGGAAUCACCCGCUACGGAAUCUGCGUCAACUUCUACCGUUCCUUUCAGCGAGGGCACCACCGCGCUCGCGGCGACAAGAGCGGCCACGCUGAGACGGCGGCGCAGGCCACCGAGACCGCCAGCGAUGGGUCCGACGGCAGCAGCAGCGGCGGAGGAGGCCCCGCCUCCGGGCUGUCGGCGCCUAACAAUGCCGGGUCGGCACCGCCGCCCGCCUCCGGGGAAGAGAGCGGACAACCGGGUGCCGAGCCAAACACCGGCAAGUCGCCGCAGCACAGGCGAAGCGCUGCCAAGAUGGCCGCCAGGAACCGCAACAGCACGCUGACCUCCCUGUGCAUACUCAGCCACUACCCCUUCUUCUCCACCUUUAGGGAAUGCUUGUACAUUCUGAAGAGGCUGGUGGACUGCUGCAGUCACAGGCUAACUCUGCGAGCCGGGCUCCCUCGCACCACCCAGAGGGACACCAUGUGGCGGGUGUUCACCGGGGCGCUGUCGGUGGAGGAGAAAGGCAGCCAGCUGCUGGCGGACCUGCGGGAGAUUGAAUCCUGGGUGUACCGGUUGCUUCGCUCACCGGUACCAGUGGCCGGUCAGAGGCGCGUCGAUGUGGAAGUCCUGCCCCAUGAACUCAAACGGGCGCUCACCUUCGCCCUGCCGGACAACUCUCGCUUCUCCAUGGUCGACUUCCCCUUGCACCUGCCAUUAGAGCUGCUGGGCGUGGACUCCUGUCUUCAGGUCCUCAGCUGUAUCAUGCUAGAGCACAAGGUCAUUCUUCAGUCCAGAGACUACAAUGCUUUGUCUAUGAGCGUCAUGGCCUUUGUUGCCAUGAUCUACCCUCUGGAAUACAUGUUUCCCGUCAUCCCCUUACUUCCAACAUGCAUGGCCUCUGCCGAGCAGGUAUGUCUGGUUAGGUUGACCGUGAUCACCCAAAAGCAGAUCUUCUCCUCUGAAAAUAAGGCCUUGGCCAGUAUGAGUUUGAACACACAACCCAUCCUGAACCUGGAGAAGUUCCAGGAAGGUCACGAGAUGCCUCUGCUCCCACCGGGACGAGAUAAAGCCUCUCCGUCCUCCACCGAGUUCAACCCUCUGAUCUACGGCAAUGACGUUGAUUCUGUGGAUGUAGCCACCAGGGUCGCCAUGGUUCGGUUCUUCAACUCCCCAAAUGUUCUCCAGGGGUUCCAGAUGCACACUCGCACCUUGCGCCUCUUCCCCCGGCCCGUGGUGGCCUUUCAGUGUACUUCUUUUCUGGCGUCUCGGCCGCGGCGCUCUUGCUUUGCAGAUAAACUGUCUCACACCCAGGCGGUGGAGUUCUAUGGAGAAUGGGCUCUGAAUCCCACCAACCUCGCCUUUCAGAGGAUACACAACAAUGUGUUUGACCCCUCCUUAAUCGGAGACAAGCCCAAGUGGUAUGCGCACCAGUUACAGCCAGUGCUCUACCGAGUGUACGAUGGAAGCUCCCAGCUGGUGGAAGCCAUGGCUGGUCCAUUGGAGGAUGAGGGCAACGAGUCUGACCCCACCGACAGUGGCAGUGACAGCGAGGCAUACGACGACUCCAGCUCGUCCUACUCCUCACUUGGAGACCUUGUGAGUGAGAUGAUCCAAGGUGACAUCCAGGGAGACACUCCAAGCUUGGACCCGCCUACCCACGCUGCACUGGGAGACGCUAGCGAGGUCGAGUUUCAAGACCUCCCCGACUUCGGGGACGGCCAGGGCUCCGAGGGUCCACCGAGUGGGGACUUACCUGCCGAACCCUCUGAUGGACAACCUCUUCGCUCAAGCUCCAGCACAACUGCAAGCUCAAGUCCCAGCACGGUCAUCCAGGGAGUCAACCAAGAGCAAGGGGAAGCACCUGAAAUUGAAGCAUCAGCAGGUGCCGCUUUACAGAACCCAGUCUCCGGAUUGGGCGGUCCGCCGUUCCACAGACCCGCGGUCGACGCCGGCCUGGCGGACCACGCCAACAAAAAGCAAGAGUACGACAACCCGUACUUUGAGCCUCAGUAUGGCUUCCCCUCAGAGGAUGACCCCGAUGCAGAAGAGCAAGUGGAGUCAUACACCCCUCGAUUCAACCAGAACCUCAAUGGCAACAAGGCACAGCGUCCUCUACGUCCCUGCAGCCUGAGGCUCCCCGGUGAAUCCGACGGGGAGGGAGACUCCCGCAACAGCUCGCCAAACUCCACCAUUUCCAACAACAGCAAUGACGGAUUUGGAGGACUCAUGUCGUUUGCCAGCAAUCUUUACAAGAACCACGGCACCAGUUUCAGUCUGUCCAAUCUGGCUCUCCCCAACAAGGCUGCGAGGGAGAAAACGCCGUUCCCCAGUUUAAAAGUAUUUGGGCUAAAUUCUCUAAUGGAGAUAAUUACAGAGGCUGGCCCGGGGAGUGGAGAAGGCGCUCGUGCACCUCGGGCACUUGUGGACCAGAAGUCUUCUGUCAUCAAGCACAGUCCAACAGUGAAGAGGGAGUCUCCCUCUCCUCAGGGCCGAGUCAACAACACAAGCGAGAACCAGCAGUUCUUGAAGGAAGUGGUGCAGAGCGUUCUGGAUGGUCAGGGAGUCGGCUGGCUCAACAUGAAAAAAGUGCGCCGCCUGCUGGAGAACGAGCAGCUGCGCGUCUUCGUGCUGAGUAAGCUGAACCGAGCCAUCCAGUCGGAGGAAGACGCCAGACAGGAGAUCAUCCGGGAUGUGGAGGUGAGCAGAAAGGUGUACAAAGGCAUGCUGGACAUCUUGAAGUGCACAGUUUCCAGUCUUGAGCACUCUUACACCAACGCAGGCCUCGGAGGAAUGGCCAGUGUCUUCAGCUUACUGGAAAUAGCACGCACACAUUAUCAAACCAAAGACCCAGAAAAACGCAAGCGAAGCCCCACAGACAGUGCCGGCAGCCCAGGGAGUAAAGAGAGUCCUUCUGGUCGCAUGGAGGCCGCCGGAACUCAGGGCCUCCUGAAUGUCCCUCACCUGCAGCUGCCGCACCCCGCGAUGGGCAAAGGAGCCCGCCAUUUUGAUACGCGGAGUCUGAACGAGGAGAACUUUAUUGUCUCGAUAGAAUUGUGGAGCAAGCACCAGGAUAAGCAAAAAGCUAUGGAAAAACCACAGAGGUCCGACGGAGCGAAGCAGCAGCGCCCCCAGGUGACCGACGCCGAGGAGAAGAAAUCCCAGAUCAGCGCUGACAGUGGCCUCGGUGUCACGUCUGGAUCUCAGAAGAGUGACACAGAGUCGGUAACGAGCUCGGAGCCACCGAUCCUGACGAGAAGCACCAGCCAGGACUCUGAGGCCAGCACAGUGAUAAGCAACAGCUCUGGAGAGACUCUGGGUGCUGACAGUGACCUGAGCAGCACAGCUGGAGACGGCCUCGGGGGGAGGAACACUGCUCAUCUAACUCAGUCCAGAGGGACUCUCUCUGACAGCGAGAUCGAAACCAAUCCAGCCACCAGCGCUGUUUUUGGAAAGCCUCACACUCUGAAGCCAAGUGCAAAAGAUCACACGCUUGCGAUGGCGAAGGGGCCGCCUGCUCAGCCCAUGGAGGACAUCAGCAUGAGGAUCUACCUUUGUGAAGGCCUGCUGGGCCGCGAUAAGAGCUCCGUUUGGGAUCAACUUGAGGAUGCUGCCAUGGAAACCUUUUCUCUAAGUAAGGAGCGCUCCACACUGUGGGACCAGCUGCAGUUCUGGGAGGACGCCUACCUGGAUGCCGUGAUGUUGGAGCGUGAGGGGAUGGGAAUGGACCAGGGGCCCCAGGAGAUGAUCGAAAGAUACUUGUCUCUAGGCGAUCACGACCGCAAGCGUCUGGAGGAUGAUGAGGACAGACUUCUGGCGACUCUGCUGCACAACAUGAUUGCGUUCAUGCUAAUGCUGAAAUUGAACAAAAACGACAUCAAGAAGAAAGUGAGGCGUCUGAUGGGGAAGUCCCACAUUGGCCUCACAUACAGCCAAGAGAUCAAUGAGACACUGGACAAACUGGCCAACAUGAACGGCCGCGAGCUGUCCAUCAGGCCCAGUGGAAGCCGUCACAUCAAGAAGCAAACGUUCGUUGUGCACGCUGGCACCGACACCACGGGAGACAUCUUCUUCAUGGAGGUGUGCGAUGACUGCAUAGUCCUGCGCAGCAACAUCGGCACCGUCUACGAGCGCUGGUGGUACGAGAAGCUCAUCAACAUGACUUACUGCCCCAAGACUAAAGUGCUGUGUCUCUGGAGACGCAACGGCCAGGAGACGCAGCUCAACAAGUUCUAUACCAAAAAGUGUCGCGAACUCUACUACUGUGUUAAAGACAGUAUGGAAAGAGCUGCAGCGAGACAGCAAAGCAUUAAACCAGGUCCUGAGCUGGGCGGAGAGUUUCCCGUCCAGGACAUGAAGACUGGUGAAGGUGGACUGCUGCAAGUCACGCUGGAAGGAAUCAACCUUAAAUUCAUGCACAGCCAGGAGCGGAAGGUUUUCAUAGAGCUGAGUCACAUUAAAAAGUGCAAUACAGUGAAGGGAGUCUUUGUCCUGGAGGAAUUUGUUCCUGAAACUAAAGAAGUGGUGAUCCACAAGUACAAGACCCCCAUGGCACAUCAAAUCUGUUACUCCGUCCUCUGCCUUUUCUCCUAUGUGGCGGCAGUGAAGGGAAAGGAGGGGGAAGCAAAACCCAAGAUUCUGUCACCGAGACCCCUUCCUAGCUAGUCUACCCCCCCCUCCCCCACCGCCCGUCCUCGUGCCUCUCUACUUGAAACGGCAUCUCAGCUCUAUAAACCAGAGACUUCUGACAAUCCCUUAAUCUAAUCUAAGCACACGAUUCCUGCUCCCUCCUCUUGUGUAUAUACAGGCCUCAGACCCCUUUUUAGACCCGGUCGUGUAGACGUGUUUAGUCUGUGAUGUUGUGUAAAUACUCCCGACUCCUCAUCGCUGUCAAACCAACUAGCUAAAUGUUUGCCUGCUCCUCAACGCGGCUCCAAGCUCGUCGCCUCAGUGUGAAAGUCUUCUGUUGUUCUUGCUGCCAACACCCAACUGAUGGGAGAUGUGAGGCAUCGCCCCCGAGGCACAGAGUGCAUGCAGGUCCCGUGCACAGCCUUGACAUUCACUACAGAGAACCCCCCGUCCCGCCCCCGUCCCCAUUUGACUGUGUGAGUUAUUGUGUGAUAUGUGGUUACUGUAAAGUUCCAGUCUGUCCCAAGUUCAAACUGGCGUGCACAUCCAGAGACCCUCUUGUACCGCAGGUCGUCCCGCGCUGUGCUGGAGCACCGCAUGUGAACGCUUCUUAAGUGUUUGAACCCCGAAAUGUGAGUGUUCUCCGAUGUGUUCUCCAAUGUGUUCUCUUGCUCUAGAUCGGCCCGCCGGGCUGAAUUACUGUUCCAGUUCUACUGUAAGGUUUCUCGUCUGUGGUCUGCUGUUAUCAAUUGCAUGUUACUAUGAAGAUGACAAAAUAAAUAUUAUAUAUAUUUCUAUAUAUAGUAUUUAUUUAAUAUAUAAAUAUAUUGACUGUACAUUUCUCUGGAAAAAAAAUGUUACAAAUUGUUGAUUUGCUAGAUGUGCAAUACUUAAUAAGUAGUUAGCCAUUGCCAGAGCCAUGUUUUCUUGAGUUCACUGGCUUCCACAGGGUGAAGAAUGUAAGAGUUUUGUUUUCUAUCGUACGUGUUGGUCCAAGUGAAUACGAUGACAUCAGUUUCACUGUUUUUAAAGUUUGUCUUUUAAAGGAACAUCAACAAAUCACAUGGAAGAGAGAACAGCUGCUGUCUGUGGUGCAAACUUUGGAGCAUUUUAUAUUUUCUUUACACUCUGGGCCACACCCCCAAUCAGUGAUGUCACCAGGUGUUUUAUGAGCAACAGCAGGUGGUGGAGACGCUGUAGUAAACGUCACAGAGGGUGCAGUACCUCUUACAUUAGAACUCAGCCUGCAAGCCAUUUAAAUGCGUCUUUGAUCGUCCGAGUAGUUUGUUGGUACACGACGU